CGAUCACCGCUGUGGAGGCUGCCACCUCAGCCCGCCCUCCAAGGGGCUCUCUGUCUUCUCAUUGGCUGAUCUGCCUCCUCCCCUCCCCUCUCCUAACGGAUCGUUCCAUGCGUCCACACUUCAGGACGUGACCAAUGACGCUAGGCUGCGGGGCGGGUGCACUGUGAUGACGCAGGUGGCGUCGCUGCAGGGGGGGAAGAAGAAGAAAUCGGAAGCGGCAAGGGAGCUUGAAGCAGCCGCUGCGUUACCAUGGGGGCCGUGCUGGGGGUCUGUUCGCUGGCCAGCUGGAUUCCAUGUCUGUGCAGUGGUGCCUCAUGUUUGCUGUGCCGAUGUUGUCCAAACAGCAAGAAUUCCACAGUGACACGUCUUAUCUAUGCCUUCCUCCUUCUUCUCAGUACGCUUGUUGCCUGUAUCAUGCUAGCACCAGGAAUGGAAGAGCAGCUGAAAAAGGUGCCUGGAUUUUGUGAUGAGGGGCUUCAUACCAAGCUACCACACAUGAAUGGCUUUGUCAACUGCGAUGUGCUGGUUGGAUACAGGGCAGUCUAUCGAAUCAGCUUUGCCAUGGCAGUGUUCUUCUUCAUUUUCUCUCUUCUUAUGAUACAAGUGAAAACGAGUAACGAUCCGAGAGCCUCAGUGCACAAUGGGUUCUGGUUCUUCAAAAUAGCUGCCAUAGUUGGUAUCAUGGUUGGAGCCUUUUACAUUCCUGAAGGGCCUUUCACAAGAGCAUGGUUUAUUAUUGGCAUUCUUGGAGCCUUUUGCUUUAUCCUCAUCCAGCUGGUGCUGCUUGUGGACUUUGCUCACUCCUGGAACGAGUCCUGGGUUGAACGAAUGGAGGAAGGAAAUUCUAGGUGUUGGUAUGUGGCUUUAUUUUCUUGUACGAGCCUGACCUACAUCUUGUCAAUAAUUUCUGUUGUGCUCUUCUAUGUAUUCUACACUAAACCUGAUGGUUGUACCGAGAACAAGUUCUUCAUCAGCUUUAAUAUGAUCUUGUGCAUUAUUGUUUCCAUCAUUUCUAUCCUUCCAAAAGUUCAGGAACAUCAACCUCACUCUGGCCUCCUCCAGUCCUCUGUUAUUAGUCUCUACACAAUGUAUCUCACUUGGUCAGCUAUGUCUAAUGAGCCUGAUAGAAGCUGCAACCCAAGUUUGUUGAACAUCAUCACACAGAUAACUGCACCCACAAUAACUCCAGCUAAUGCAACUGUUGUACCUGCUACUCAGGCUCCACCAAAGUCCUUGCAGUGGUGGGAUGCACAGAGUAUUGUUGGACUUGGUAUCUUUGUUCUUUGUCUCCUGUAUUCUAGCAUCCGCUCUUCUAGUAAUAGCCAGGUGAACAAGCUGACUUUGUCUGGGAGUGACAGUGCCAUGCUGGAUGACCCUGUGGGAAUGGAUGGUGGAUCUGUGGAAGAUGGAGAAGUUCGUCGGGUCAUGGACAAUGAGAAAGGGGCAGUUCAGUACAGCUACGCUUUCUUUCACUUCAUGUUGCUCCUUGCCUCUCUCUACAUCAUGAUGACGCUCACUAACUGGUACAGCCCUGAUGCAGACUUCAAAACCAUGACAAGCAAGUGGCCAGCUGUGUGGGUGAAGAUCUCCUCAAGCUGGGUCUGCCUCCUUCUCUAUGUCUGGACCCUAGUGGCUCCUCUUGUCAUUACCAGUCGGGACUUCACUUAAAUGAUUGUGCUUGUCUGAGAUUAUGAAAAUGCCUGAAGUUCCUCUGCUGAAAGCCAAAACGUCAUGUAUUGCUUCAGUUAUUUCUUGAAAUUAAGGCAAAUGCAUCUGUUCAUGUUCCAUGCAGGUGGAUAGAAACUGCUGGACUGUGUAAUGCUUGAUGCCGUAUCUCAACUACAUUAAUUUUGAUACUAUUUUAUUUUGACCUAUACGUGAGGUUAGCUGUUAGUGCAUUUUUGAAAUCUAUCACCACAACUGUAGUAGUGUUACAGCACAGAAGAAAAACACAAUAUUGAAGAGAACAAUUAAACACAAAGUAAUAUAAAAGAAGCUGCGUUUUUAGCAUAAUGCACUAAAUGCUUCAGUAUGUGGAAGUGUAAGCCAUGCUGCAUAAGCUUCUACAUUCCAUUGCAAAAGGUUGUCUAAAAGAGCACCCUCCUGUUUGUGGGCAGAAACUUACACAUUCCCUCCAAGACCAAUAUCCUGAAGAUGUGUAGCUGUUAACUGUAAUUCCUGUUCCCAGAAUAAUACUUUUAGGUUUUAUGGAAACUAUGCUUUGAUUUAGUAUAUUUGCCAAAUAUUUUAACUUUGAUUUAACUCUAAACUCAGAUACUUCUGUUUCAAAUUUAAAAUUAUGCUGGAAAUUUUUUUAUUAAUUCUCAAUUUGUGCUUGUCUGAGUUAAUACACAUUGUCAAUGUUUGCACUAUAAAUGCAUUUGAUUAAAAUAUAGAUUAACUGUU